GUAACGUCGCCUAAGCCAAAAAUUUAAAAUCUGCCUUAAUUAGUAAAUAAGAGCGCGACAUAUUUUAAUCCCACUGAGCCAUUACCAUUAAUUCCACAAAAAAAAAAAGUUUGGUACAUUUUGUAAAAAUAAAAACACAAUUAACAAGAAAUAGGAAAGCCCAAUCUUUAUUUUUGAAAAUGUUGUUUAGUCCCGUUUAUUUCCUGGAAAAGUGUUAAACUUUUUUUCUCUAAAAAUUAAGUAAAAAUUGCUGUCGUUAGGCAUUUUGCAACAUGGCGUCCGAAGUUGAGCUGGCACAAUCCGCUAAACCUGGUGGAGACACUAUUUUCGGCAAGAUAAUCCGAGGUGAAAUAAAGACUGAUUUUCUCUACGAAGAUGAGCAGGUAGGUAUAAAUGGUUUUCUCAAUAGAAUGGUAAUUAGUAAUAUCUUACUUUAGCGCAAUCGGUGUACCUAACUAAACCAUCCCAUGGACUUUGACUUUGAUUGACAUCAUUAUUAUUAUCAUUCAUUGGCCUUUUUGAACGCGGCAGUGUACCUAACAAAACCAUUGGCUUUGGCCUGCAUUAAGACUGGCAAAGACCAUGGUUGCUGCGUUUAAAAAAAAAGGGUAAAUAAUAUAUAUUAUAUUUUGAAUGAAAAAAUGACAAUUUUGGCUACUUGUGAAAAGGACAUCUCGAGGCCAAGGCCCAGAGGGUACACCACUGACACCCGCCUCUCCAUGAUGCCUGAUGCCCUGAUUACUAACAUCAUUUUCAGCUAUUUUGUUUACUUCAUUUCUAGUGUGUGGCCUUCAAUGACAUAGCUCCCCAAGCUCCAGUUCAUUUCCUUGUGGUCCCCAAGAAACCAAUUGUUAAAUUAUCUGAUGCUCAGGAUGCAGAUGAGCAGGUAAGUAAGGUUUCCCAUCAGUUUGGUAAUACAAUCUUACAUCUAUAACAAAAAUUUUAAGCCAAGUUCCCAGAUAUUUAAGCCAUGCCUUAAUUUGAUAUCGUAUUAAAGCAUAUGCAGAUAAAAUGCAUACUUAAACCUUUUAUAAAGAAAUAUAUAUAUAUAAUAUGUAUAUAUAUAUAUUUUUUAAGUGUGCAAAUUUAAAGGAAAAAAAAGAUUUCUCAGAAGACUUAGGAUAUACCUCUACUUAACUCUGAGAUAAGAACUUAAAUUUUUUUUUUUAUUGAAAACACUUACUGAUAUUCUGCACACCAUUCAGAUUUCAGAUUCAGCUUUUUUUAUGUGAAGAGAAGCAUCCGACCAAAUUAUUUUAAAAAUGUUGUUAUUAGAUGAGUUUAAAUAUAUGAUUAUCUUUGGAAAGGGGUAUAAGAAAAGGAGUUGAUUUUCUAAAAUUGUCGUUAAAUUUCUACCUACUCUCUGGAUAAAAAUACAGAGAAAUAAAUUCUUAAACAACAUUUUUAAUUCUUCAGUUACUUGGCCAUCUGCUCCUUGUAGCCAGAAAAGUGGCUAAAGAUAAAGGCCUGAACAAUGGCUAUAGAGUUAUCAUCAAUGAUGGUCCCGAUGGUGGACAGGUUGUUAUGCACAUCCAUCUUCAUGUGUUGGGUCUCCGACAGUUGGAUUGGCCUCCUGGAUAAUUUCUUCAAAAAUAUUUCUUGAUAUUUGCCUUUGUGUGAUUGAAUUUUAUCUGUUUUUGUUUUCUUUCCUUGUAUAACAUUAUUCUUAGACAAUUAAAGCCUCUACACUCCACGCUAGCAUGUCAUAACUUUUCAUGAUUCUCCUUUCAAUUUUAUAAUGCAGAAAAUAAUUUUUAUUGUCAAAUUAGCCACAUGUGGAACUAGAUUUUUUUGUUUUUUUACAUAGCCUUUUUAAUGUAAUGAUUGCUUGAAGUAUAGCUAUAAUGUCACUCUUUAUUUUCAGCACAAAGGUGGAACACCCAAAUAGCCCAUGCAUUAGUUAAAAAGUUUUUCCACUUACAUAUCACGACCCUGACUCUUUUUCUACUUCUGUGUCUCCAGCUUUUGGGCCACCUUCUCAUUGUAGCCAGAAAGGUUGCUAAAGAUAGAGGCCUGAACAAGGGCUUCCGUGUCAUCAUCAACGAUGGUGCCCAUGGUGGUCAGUCUGUGUACCAUAUUCAUAUACACGUUACUGGUGGCAGACAGAUGGGCUGGCCACCUGGAUAAUCAGCUCAAUUAACAAUGCCUUUGGGAUAAAUCUUUUCCCUAUGAUUGCAAGUGUUCAGAUACUAGAGAGCUAAAUAAAAUUUCUAGAUAAUAAAUUUUAUGUUUAAAAACUCUUCUUAUAAGUGCAUCCAAGUUCUGUUUAAUGUCUUUUUUUUUAACCACCUAAAAUGUUCAUUUUAAUUUAUUUUUUUUACCCAGUUCGGUGUGGAUUAUUCAGUGGCAUAAUAGUUAUAUUUCCUGUGAUACAUUAUACUUCAGGGUGGCAUUCUACAUAAAAUAACACAAUAUUUACUCUUGUUUUAAUUAAUCAGCUUCAUUUCGUUUAUUUGCUGCAACAGUUAUAAGCAUUUAUGAUUUAUUUCAAAAUUUGUUUUUUUAUAACUGCUUAUGAAAGUAAAUAACUUAGCAUUUGUUCAAGGUCUUAUAAAAAGCAAUUUACGUCAUUUAAAGCUUCAAUUAACUAUAUAAAAAUAAUUUUUGAGUUAGAUUUUGUUUAGUUAAAUUUUAAAAUGUUGUUCACAUUAACUUCCAUUUUGUUUUUUUAAAUGAUGGAUAGGUGAUGUUUAAUUUGUUAAGUUCAUGGAAAUAAAUUUGACCCAACAC